CGAAAGCCCUUUGCUACGGGUAAUAUUUAUUUCAGUCAGCAAGUUAUGCUAUACAAGAACGGUGUCUGAGUGGCAAGUUAUUCUAUCCAAGGACGGUGUCAGUGUGUACGGGCUAAUAGUAAAGUUCCCUAAACUAGGUUUAUGAUGAUGGAUGAAAGGGACCCAUCCUCACUUUUGGAUCUGGCUAUACAGAGUCUACUGAGCAAUGAGCUUGUAGCAAUUAAUUCUCUGGGGGAGAUCCCAAGGGAGCUUUUUGUUCCAUUGUUCUCUGCUGCCUUCAUGGGAGGAUAUAAGAAGACACUGACUUCAAUGGUGAAGAUUUGGCCCUUUACCUGUCUCCACAUUGGAACAUUAAGUGUACAGGAACCCCAGCGUGAACUCCUGAAAGCCAUGGUUGAGAGUCUUCAGUUUCUUCCUGCCCAGGACUGUUCUUCUGGGGGCCCUAAAUUGAGGAUCCUAGAUGUAAGGCAGGGUGUUGACUGCAAGACAACAUGCCCUGAUUUUGGUGUCAGAUCUCCAACUUGUUUUCAUGGCUGUACUCACUCUGUACACUCUAUUCUGAAGUUAGAAAGCCAGUACAGCAUUGUAGAUCUAAAGCCUGAGAGUCAGUCUGCAAUCCAGCCUAUGGAACUACUAGUAGACCUUUCCCUUGAUGGUACCUUGAGAGAAAGGGAAUUUUUUGCUUUGCUUCUGAAUAAAGUACAGCAGAGCUCAGGGUCUUUGCACCUCUGCUGCCGAGAUCUACAAAUUGAUAGAUUUUCUUAUGCCAAAAAUGCUCUGAAGUUCCUUGAUCUAACUUGCAUUCAGAACCUGUCAGUUGAUCAGGCUUCACUGAGUGAAGUCACCACUCUUCUGGCUCGCAUGACCUAUCUGGACAGCCUGAGUCUCUCUAAAAUCACUUAUAGAUCUUUGCAUGGGAAAGUCUUCCGCGUAUUCCUCAACUAUCUUGGGCGGAUGAACUGCCUGAAAGAGCUCAACCUGUCUUCCUUUAGCCUCACAGAUCAUCUGGAUAGCCUCCUCAGAGCCUUACCACCUAAUUUGGAUUUCUUGUAUCUGCCAUUUUGUGAAAUUUCUUACAGAGAUCUCAAAUUUCUAUCCCAGAGUGCCCAGGCCACCCACUUAAAGCUGUUGAAUCUUAGUAACAACCCAAUGUAUUGGGAUGAUUGUGAGCCUUUUCAGAUUCUUUUGCAGAAGCUCUCAGAUACCUUGCAGCAUUUGGCCAUAAACCAUUGCCAUUUAACAGAUGCCAUACUCUCUGCUAUUCUGCCAGCCCUAUCUAAGUGUUCCCAUCUCCGUGUGAUUAGCUUUGUCUCUAACCCCAUUUCAAUGCCUAUGCUCCUGAGAAUUCUUCAUUACUUAACACCUUUGAUGGAGCUGAAAUACGUGAUUUACCCUAUCCCUAUACAUUGCUAUGAACAAUGGCAAUUUCAUGGCAGAUUAGACCGGCAGAAGCUCACUGAUGUCCAAGCACAACUGAAGGCAAUGCUACAAGCAGCAAAGAGGAGUGACAUGAACUGGAUCACUUAUUCUCAGUAAACUUCCAAGUUUAACUCCAUCUCAAGUCCCAAUUUGACCUGUAA